AUUUACCAGAAAGGCGCACUAGGCGAAACUGAAAGUAAAAUAGUCACAACAAAGUCAAAAGAGCCAGUCCACUGUGUGUGGUCGAUUUUCGACACUCGAGGGGUGAAAAAUGCUCUCCAAGGCGGCGGCGCUGUUGCUUGUGGUGGCGCAAAUCCAAAGCGUAAAGCCUGUGACCCACACGCUCAAGUACAUCAUCACAACGACGUCUCAAAUUCCAAACUUCCCAGAGUACUUGAGUGUCGGGUAUGUUGACGGCGUACAGAUUUUUCACUACGACAGCAAGAGCAGGAAAGCAAAACCCAAACAGGAUUGGAUGAACAAUAUCACAGCGGAGGAUCCCAGGUACUGGGAGAAAGAGACGCACAAAAGCAUCGCUAACGAGCAGGCGUUAAAAGAUAACAUUGCAGUUGCUAAAGAGCGCUUCAACCAAACUGGAGGUAUUCACAUGGUCCAGGUUAUGUAUGGCUGCGAAUGGGACGAUAAGACGGGCAAGGUCGACGGUUGGGAACACUACGCUUACGACGGGGAAGACUUUCUAUCCUUUUAUUUGAAGGAGCUGAGAUGGAUCGCGGUCAAGCCGCAAGCUGUCAUCACCAAACAGAAGUGGGACAGUGAUGAACGUUAUAAUCAACAUACGAAGCAUUACUACACUGCGCUUUGUCCUUUUUAUUUGAAGAAGUUCAUGUACUUUGGGAAGGACUUCAAGAGAACAGAGCUUCCGCGGAUCUCCUUGCUACAGAAGACGUCGCGGUCGCCGGUGACCUGCCAUGCCACAGGGUUUUACCCCAGGGAAGCCGACCUGUUUUGGACGAAAGACGGCGAGCAACUCUUCGAGGACGUGGAGAUGGGCGAGACCCUCCCUAACCACGAUGGGACCUUCCAGACCAGCGCUUACCUGAAAGUGGUUGACGCUGACGCCGAAUACCAAUGCGUCUUCCAGUUGGCCGGCGUCCCGGACGACAUCGUCACUCCGCUGGACCCCGUCCACGUGCUGAGCAAUGAGUGCAUCCGAGCAGGAGUACAGACCAGGUGGAGGAUGACCAUCACCGCGGUUACCCUCCUCACGUUGGCGCUCCUCUCUCUGGUCGCGAUGAAACUGCUAAAAGCCAAAUACACUCCAGCUUCCGUUUAUGAAGAGUCCGAGCCCGCCUAUCCCGAAAGCCCGACUAAAACCAUCAGCUCGAUCACCCCCUCCAGCGGUUCCACUUCCUCCAGAUCCUCCUCCAGCAGUUCCAAUUCCGAUUCCUCCGAUACCUCCUCCACCCCUCUUAUUCCCCGCAAGCCCGCUUAGUGAGAUGCGGUCACACGCCGUUGGAAGACGAGUGCUAUUUCUCAUCAGUCCAGGCUUGGCAGCACGGGGAGUAGUGAUAGGGUCGGUGGAAGUUUUUUCGUUUUUCCCAGCCAAAACAGCAGUUUCUGGUCCAAAUUUGUCAUGCUUGCGCAUUUUCUCCAUACAAGGCGUGCACAAUGGCAGUACACAUACAUGUUGGAUAGUUGACUUAUUACUACUAGGCCACUACAAAGACAGCAUUCUAUUUCACCUACAGUGUGUGUUGGAGUUUUUGUAUUGGAACAUGCACUUGACCAUUAGGCCCUAAUUUAAAAAACUCAAAAUUCAAAUAUUUUCAAAACCAAAGCCGCUAGCAACCUAAAACCAAAACCGGUACCUCCCUUAAGUAUAUAUGUCUCCAUGAGCAGCGUCAUAAAAAAAUUCAAAGUCGUUCCCUAGUAAAAUCCCGAUUCAUUAUUUUUUAUAGAAGUUGAACAAAACUUAUAAUGGCUAUAAAAUUCUCAGAUUUUAUGCCGCACAAAGAUAAACAAAAAUCACCAAAUGCAGAGAUAAUCACUAAGCCUGUCGAAAUAUGCAAUAAUUCCAUUUAUCGCGCAGUAUAUAAAAAUGAAGACGGUAAUUUUCCUGCUGCGAUUUAUCGCCUCGUGUGCACGUGCGCGCGUUUGUCACGUGCACGUGCGCGCGCGUGACAACGCGCUUGCGGCAGAUGUGUGGCAGACGUGCUUGACAGCGCUGUUUAAAGUUCAGCUUCCUUGUGCCACUCUGUUUUAUUGACUUCUGGGUAUGUUCGUUUUAUACAUUUGAGUUUGAGUGACCGUCAUUUAAUGGAUGGAGGCAGGGCCGAGUGCACUGUCGGCGCACAGCAAUGAGCGAACGGAAUGAAGAAGAGGACGAACCAGUCUGCAAAAUGUUUCUGGAGGUUGUUUCAACAAAGAUGGCCAACAGAAUAAAUCUACAUGCUCAUUUGAAACACUAUCAUCCUCUCCAGUUUUCACUGCUUAGUAAGAAAACUGCAUCGCAACAAGCGGAGCCUCCUCGUCACGUUAAUUGACAAUUAGAGGUAUACGCUUGAUGUGAGAAAUACAGACGACACCGCGCAAAAUAGCGUUCCCUCACGGAAAGUGAAGUCCGCUACAUUGCUGAAGAAAUGAGACCGUUUUACCUCUGUUAAAUGAUAUUUGAUACCUUUGGGAGCCAAAUUUUUGUUACUGCUACUUAAUUAGUCUAUUUUUCUCUGUUGUUGUUGAAGUGCAAUUACUGUUACUGCAACUUUAUACCUAUGUGCCUGAAUGCUUCAGUUAUUAAGUGCAAUUUUAUUUUUUCUUGAAAGAAGACAUUUAUUAUGUGUUUCUGUGCGGUAUUAAUAUUGUUGUCUUUUACUUGAAAGAGGCAUGGUCUAUUGUUUUUAGUUGUGAUUUCUUAAAAGGUAUUUUGUAAUUUAAAAGUAAACAUUUAUUGCGUUUAAAUGGGUGUACUUGAUCUAUUAAUAUAUACUGUAUUCUCACUGUGUUAUUGUAAAUCGGUUAAAUGGUAAAAGGGGACGGGACUUGAUAAGCAUAUGCUUCUCGUCAGCCCUUGUCUUUUCUUCGUUUUUUUCGGGUUGCUCAUAUCACAUCCUGCAACUGUCAAUGAUACCGAUGAUGAUGACAAUAAAUAAAUAAAUAAACGCUCAAAAAUUUAUUUUUUUGGGGGGUGGGGGGCGCAAUAUCAUAUAUCGCAAAAAUUUAUGAGAUAAUUUAUCGCCCACUAAAAUUUGUUAUCGCGACAGGCCUAAUAAUUACGUAUAUUUUCAGGAUCAAUCGUUUUUGCCCCCAAUAGCAACUGAUUUUUUUAAAUGAAUGAAAAGUGCAAUUUUGACAUAAGUUUUCAACAGCUAAUAAAUCACUCAAUUUUCAUAUCAGAAACUUAAUACUUGAGGAAAAUAUGCAGAAUCAUCUUAAUUGUAUUCAACAAAAGCAAAAUUUGCAUUUUUCUACAUACAAUCACAGCUUAUUGAAGUUUGUGAUUUCAUUUUGUCAGCUACCUUUUCAACAUUCACAUAGCCUCUUGUGGGCCCCGGUCAGCUUCCUGGACUUGUACGAGUCCCUGUCCCUCGCUGUGUCCUUCCUGCCCUCCUCGACUCUGCUCCUCUUCUUGCCGGUCAGCUCCACUCCAAGGCCUUGUUCCUCCUCGCUUCUGAAGUCACAUCCUUGCAGACGUUUGCACCAAAACAGUUAAAGAGGGACCUGCUGAUGUGUGGCAAGAUGGUGUUGGCCAGCCUGUGCCCAUCCUGGCACCUGGAGCCCUGCGAGGUCGGGUCUGAGGCCACCAGGAACUCCAGCAAGUGCCUGUGGCUCAUGGUAAGGGAGGAUAACCUAACACUGCGCUCCUUCAUGUCUUAACUUAUUUCUCUGAUCAAUUAUAGUCACAGUAGAUAAUCAAAUUCUUAAAUCAAUAUUCUGUAGCCACAAAUAUUAUUCAAAAUCUUUCCUUCUUCCAAGUUUUUUUUUUUUUUUUUUUAGGAUUAAUUAGAAUAAUGUAUUGCUUAAAACAAGGCUGUUAAGAUUAUUUUCAGCUAGCUAUUUUUCUUCCAAGAAAUCUGAGAGAAAUACACUUGAAGUGAUGGCAGAUAAUUUCACUUAUUGCCAAUAGAUUUACACUUAAAACUGACUAGUUUUAAGGAGGUUUGUUUUGCAGUGUAUUAAUGUUAUAUAUGUUAGGAAUGGCUUACUUUUAAAGGCAUUUUUUUGCAACUUAGGUAUUUACUCUUUAAGUAAUUGUUGCCAAAAGUUUACCAUUACACAAUGUCAGACAAUCUGUCAUUAUUAAGAUGUUUGAAUUGACGACUAGUUCAUAUUUUAUGUUGAAAAAAAGAGCAAUAAAUUAUAUUUUUGCACAGUAACAUUUUCUUUUGUGUAUACUUUAAAAUUUUACAUAAAUAUUUUAAUAUAAUUAUCGGCUUGACAUUAUCGGUUAUCGGUUGGAAUGAGGAGGAAAUUAUAGGUUAUCGGUAUCGGUUGAAAAAUGUAUUACCGUGCAUCACUAGUUUUUACGCUGGUCCAGUAGCUCCCGGUCUCACAAAUCCUCAGUACAUUGGACAUGGCAUGCAGCACUCCCAGCACGGGAUCAUACGGGAAGAGGGUGAGGAACUGCCUGGACUACUCUACGGCGUCCAAGUCGAGGGAAAUUCUGAAACGAAAAUCAAAUAUAAAAAUGAAAUUGGCGUCAAAAAAAUAUUUUCAGAGCCAAAGUUUCUUUUAUCUUCAGCUAGUUGUGGACAAUACUUGCCUGUAGUUUGUAGAUAUCUCUGUCUUGAUAUUCUCCUUGAGGUUCUCAAGGGAGGUGAACUUCGCGCUGUCUAUGAACUUGUGCUCCAAUUUUGCCGCCUCCGCAAUCUGUAUCAACCUCCUGGCCGUCGAUUUUUGGUCUUGCAGCCCACAACCCAAAACUUCUUCCCCAUGGUGCUGCAGUGGAGCAGCCACAGUAAUAAGGCGGUGGGUGGGUCCCACACUUUUUCUGUAUGGCGUGGAUCCCGGGGCAUGGCCUCCUCUUCGCCUGGGCUGCCGGUUACGAGGGUGGGGUCGGGGCUCCGGUGCCGCGCAGCCCCUCGGCGCUCUCUUGUUUCCGCCUUCCCCUCUCUUUUCUGCCCAGGAAUCCUCCUUGGGCUCCGGCGCAGGUCGCUGGCUGAGUGCCGGUAGGUUGGCGGGGUGUCGCCCACUCGGGCAGGGACCACGUGGUCCCUUAUCCCUUCCCUGAAGGCCGGUUAACCCUUUAACACCGGACGUGUCGGUGGCGAGACAUCAUCUUUGAAGCCUCGUCACGCUGUAAUUGCGUCACCUACGUGCCACUGGUUGGUCUUGAUGGAAGUGCGGAAGAUGAGGUCCACCCGUUUUUAUUUAAAGCAAAUCAAUGGUAAAACGAGAUAAUAUCUACUUAGUUUUAUAGUUUUAGCUCCCUCAUAAAUAAACAUGAAAGCGUUGCAUAGACCAUGUGUUUAUGUCCAUAUUUCCAUCAUUUCUUGUCCUUUUUCAAAACGUAAAGCACAAUGAAAAAGCCAAUGUGAGGUCACAAAAGAAGGAAAAUUUGCGAAAAUUUGCCGAGCGAGGCGCCAUCUAACGAGGGAGGCGAAGUAGCGAGUAACGGCCGGUUGGAUUGACGGAGCGACUUUGUGAAAUUUGUAGGAUGAAUGAAAAAACAAAGUUUAGUGCAAUCUAAUGCAUUAUUUUAUCAACUCGAGGAAGAGGAUGGGCCAGAUUUGUCGUUUUUUUCGGAUGAGUUGGCGAGUGAGAAGAGUGACAGCAGUGGGCAAAGGGUGGAAGAAAAAAAUGACGCCCCGUAGAGUGUGGGCUGUGUGACGUAGUAAAUACUUUUUUAAUGUCAUAUUUUUUUUAGUCAUUUCAGUUUAAAUUUAGAUGUGGGUGUUCGAGAAUCUUGAAUGUAUGUAUAAUGCUUCGAUAAGGUGAUAGGUGCAAUACCUAACCUCAUAAUGAGAUAUUCCCCAAACCCUUUUUUGUAUUGGACGGUAUUUAUAUAUAUAUGGCGGAAAAAACUGAUGUGACUUGAAGUUCUGCUCCAAGACCCCCAAUUUGGCCAAAUUUCAAAAUUGUCCGAUAUGCACGUGUGAUCCAUCAUUGGAAAGCUCAAUCUCAAUCUUCUGGGGGAAGAAAAAUUUUGAACAGAAGGGCAUUUAAAAAAAAAAAAAAACGUUUUAAACAGCGAACCACUAACUGGAGGUGAGAGCGUGAGAGAGCACAAUUAAAGACGCCAUGAUUUUAACAAGAUAUUAUCGCGUACUUACCUCUUUUCGAUCCAAAAACUCCAUGUAGCAUGUAUCACCGAGUGUCAAGACACAGAUGUGGAUGGCCACAGCCGGGUUUUGGGGGGAUUUUAUGGGUGAAACAUGGUAAUAUAACAAAGGUCGCGAUGUAGAAAUUGCAGACAUCAAGGAGUGGUUGAGAUUUUCUUUUUCAUAUAUUUACCCUUUUAAACUUUUUCUUUCAAUUUUUCUUUGUUUGGAUUGAUUAUUUAUCAUCUAACAUAACGGACAAAAUGCGACAGUCCCAAAAAAAUUACAAUUAAGUGAUAGUUAUGAGGUAGUUAGCCGUGACUUUUUUACAGACACCAUUUUUUUCAUCGUGACGUAAUUUGUUUAAAAGUUUAAAAUAUGCGAGUGAAUAAUUUUUUAAAGUCGUUUUUU